AUGGAAGCUAUUUCACAGGUAGCCCGAGCAAAGAGCUAUUACUCCAAGGGGCUAGAGAAGGCUCGAACAAUGACUGUCCUCAACAUCUCGGUAUCGACGCUCAACCAGCCAAGCCUAGGCUCCAACCCCAGUUUUCUUCGGCGGCUCCGUGUAGGCGUCGUCUCUUUAGCUCCACCACGCGUGACGACGGAUGUGGUUGGGGUUGAAAUUAAGUCGGCGUUGGUGUCUGUCGCGUCGCCAUGCACCAAGGGUACUCGAGGACGGUCCCUGGGGCAGGUAGCGAAAUGUUUCUGUGGUCUCCUCUUGCUGCUCUGUAGCCAGCGUAAGUGGCUCUCCAAUUCUUCACGGUCAUUUGGGUUCGUCGGUGGUGAGGAUCCGGUAGGAGGUCAGAGCUCCUUCCUUCCGGUGAAAAUCGGCUCCCUUAUUUGCUUCCGAGGUGGCUCCUUUUCUCUCCACUGA